AUGCCUUACACACCUCCCUCCCAGCUUUCGCCCGCAGCCUCCAAACAACCCAGUCCUACCCCGAGCAGGUCUCAUUCUUACAUGAAAGGACAAUCCGUCUCCUCGGAGUUGUCGGCUUCAUCCGGUCGACCAAACCUCCCUCGUUCCCACGGCUCAUCUUCAUAUCUUACCAAACAUCGGCGAAGUCCCUCGUUAAGCGAUGCCCAAAAUGAGAUCCUUCACAAUGGCGAGGUAUGCCUGGAGAAUGGGGCCUUUGAUCCCCAUGGCAGCAUCCGCAAGUCACCACCUCCGGUGAGCAAUGCGUUGAUACCUGCGGGGAUGACCAUUUCCCCUCCUGAGUCUUCUCACAAUUCUAGCGACGACGAAGAGCCCCAGAUACGGGGUCGGUCGAGGAAUCUUGAGUUAGAAAACCUGGAAGCUUUGCAAGCGGCCAUUAGGUCAAUAGAACAAAGAAAAGAAGGCUCACCCGAUCGAGGCAACGACUCCUCCACCACCCUCAACAUGGAUCUUGCAACUCCUCAAGUUGAUGGGCCUGCACAGCUCGAGCCCUUGCAAUUGCAACGGCCUCCUUUGUCACAGGAGGCCCGCAAAAUCUCCCACUCUCGGUCCUCUACAGACUCGAGCAUUGUUUUGGAUACUUCUAAAAUCCAAACUCCUCCUGUUCAUGUCCGACAAGACACCGAUGACAGCGACAGCGACACUCCUGUCAGCCACCCUCCCAUGGUCCGGAAGAAAUCGGGCGAACUGGUUCGUCCCGCUUUACGACCAUCCUCAAGGAGGCGGCCGUCGAGCAUGCCAGGGACACCUACCUAUUCCAAAGCUGUUCACUUCGACUCGCACCUUGAACAUGUGAGACAUUUCCUCCAAGUCGACAGACCACUUGCCGUCAGUGCUGGUUCCUCACCGGUAGAGAACUAUGAAAGUGAAGGCGAGUUCCCCUUUGGAUCGGACGAGUCAAGUGCGCGGCCUCAUUCGGCUCCCUGCGAAUGGGAGAUGCGUCUGGCAAACUUCCCGCCCGACUCUGAAGCUCGAAGGUCAUCUCCUGUCUUCGUGGAAAGAGUUUUCUUAUCCUCCGAUUACAAGAACCUCAUCGGCACUGUUGCCGUCCAGAACCUCGCGUUUCAGAAGUCCGUUGUCGCUCGAUUCACUCUCGAUUAUUGGAAGACCACUUCCGAAGUUGUGGCCGAUUACAACAACGAUGUCCGUCGGAAGCAUAAUCAGGACCACCUCGACCGCUUCAACUUCAGCAUCAGGCUUGCCGAUCAAGCCAACCUGGAGAGCAAAACACUGUUCUUCUGUGUUCGUUACACUGUCAGUGGUCAGGAAUUCUGGGACAACAAUGGUACUUUCAACUACCAAGUCGACUUUGCAAAGAAACACAAGCCUCAGCAUGGUAAAAAUGGCAUGCCCGGACUUGGGGCGAGGCCGAUUAGUGCCUUGCCUCGCAGUCGACCCUCUCCACCUACCUCCUCUGGAAAGCCCAAGACGCUACCCAGUUCGUUUGAUGAUUUCUCGACCGGGUUUGACAACUUUGGUAGCUUUGGUCAAUCAGCAGGCUUUCUUAUGGGUGAGCCCAAGCUCAAAUUGAGAGGUCCAAGAUCCAAAACUGAACUUGUCCCAGAUGCUCCCCAGCGUCGUAAACAAAGCGGUGGCCAGGCAUUUGGGAAUAGAUACGACUUCAACUCGUCAUUAACGGCCGCCAAACACAACACCUAUGUUGUUUUGGGUGAGCACUCUGGCCUGGCUCCGAGGACAAGUACAAAGCAGUCUUCCCACGAAGUUCCUGCGACAACGUCUACGAAGAGCGUCGCCAUUGCUGCAUCCAAGUCUGAGACUGGCGUCAAUGAUCCAAAAGCGGGAGCAACCUCGGCCACUCCAACUGUUGCUCCCAUGACAUCCAAGCCCGCUGCUUUGGUGUCGGAAAAACCAUCACUUACCUCUCAGUCCUACCAGGAACUAGUGGACAAGUACUGCUUUUUUGGGACAGUCAAGUCGUCGGAACCUUUGACAAAGACUGCUCUGAGUAUGCUGGAUGGUGCUGCUGACUAUACGUCGGCGUCGGACCUCAGUACUGGUGGCAGUCCUGGAUCCUCGAAUUCGUCUGGUUCGUCAACUCCCACACCACCUCGAAGCAUGUCUCCGACAUCAUCCCUGCUGUCGUCUAGUAAGGCGCACGGUUCAUAUAUCGCUCGAUCAUCUUCGCCAAUGCCACGGUCGGGCCCGUAUUUCAGUUCUCGAUCUCAGUCGCCGGCCUCUUUUGGGUACCUGUACCACUCGGCAUCGCAGCGUACCUUGAUGUCCGAAACGCCCACUCCAACAGCGAUUCAAGGCUAG